UCAACAAUAUGGCGUCCCCGUCAGAGUACCUGAGCAAUGUUUGGCAACAAUAUGUUCCACAAGGCCACGAUAAGCCUUUAAAACAAGCAGUUUACACGACAAUUUCGAAUUUAUUCAUUCUUGUAGCCAUAAUAGCACUCGUUGCGGUUUAUUUUAUUCUGGAAGCCUUUUUGCGACCAUUGUUAUGGGCUCUUCUUUGUGGAACAUUUUUAUAUCCGAUGAAACGUUCCUUGACGAAUGUUAUUCGGCGGUGGAUGAAAGGAUUAAGAUCUUCGGGUACGCCAAUAGCAGUGGGCAUUGCACUUUUACCUGUGACAGUUCUGGACAGUUCCUCUAAUGCUCUAAGUGAUCAGAUACAGAGAAACUUUAAAAUAAUUAUUGGAAUUGCUGUGGGACUGCCUGUCGUUUAUUUGCUUUACCAUUUCGGUCCAUUGCAACAUAUUUUCGGAAUAUUUAAUUUUUUGUUAUGGUUCCUUUAUGAACUAAUUGGUUAUUUUAGUUCCAUAUGGAUUUGGACAAUUUUUGUAGCUUACAUAUUAUUGCUAUUUGUCUACUGGACACCAGAAUCUCACGAAACGUUAUCAUAUGUGGCUAUACCAGUGUGGGUUAUUUUUAUAAUACAUGUUGCAACAAUUGCUGGACCACUACGUGUUCCUCUUCUCAUCACUAUGAUAGCUAUUAUGAUUAUUGGUUUUGUCACAGACGUCAAUGCAAAUAAGAGUCAAACAGAAACAGAAACUGAAGAUAUAAAAGAACAAAUAGAAGAAGAGAAAUUAAUAGGUGUUACUGAAGCUAAAAUUGACACAAACUGGAGUUUUAAACGUUUAACAGAAAAGCCAUCAGACACAACCCCUACAGAUAUAGCAGAGAAACCAAAAUCUCUACAAUUUUCAUCUCCACCUUCCUCUCUUACAAAACUACCACAACAACUUACACCACAAGGUCCUUCUCUAACCAGUCAAUGUUUCAUGGCUCUCAUUUGGGGUCAUGUUUUAGUGCGUUUGUGGAUGCAUCUGUGGAUAAUAAUACUCAUACUCAUCUUGCCUUUUGUUUUAAUGCUCUUCAAAAAAUUAGGAGCAACCGUGAGUAGUGAAGGAAUGCUAGGGGAAAAAAUCCAAUUUUUAAAGAAAACUGUAUCUGAUUGGUUUGAGUCUCGACAAGAUGUUCUCGUACCAAGAUCUAUCCGAGGUUUAAUAAAACUGGGCCUUAGAGGGGAUGGAAAGAUUAUAAAAGUAUUAGAAGAUGGUAUAGAUAAAAUGACUAGUAUAUUAUUGAUUUUAGCUUUAUUAAUUGGAACAGUUUUAUUUACUGUAUUAGGUGCCAUACAGAUACAUCAAGAGAGUAUGUUAAUGGUGACUAUGACAAGUACAUUAUUAAAUGAUACACUGCAUCCAGAACUAAGCCAGUGGUUGCCCAAUAGUGAAGAUAUGACUGACGCUAUGGAUUCUAUGGUUGGUAAUGCUUAUAUAUAUGGUAGAGACUGGAUAGCUUCUAAGGUACGAGAUUUAGUAGAUGAUGGAACUGCAAAUAGUACGCAUAUUGAACAACAAGUUUUAGAAGUUUGGGAUAGACUUUAUGAUUCCUGGUUUUCGAAGAAUAGAACGCAUGCACCACCAUUUUAUUGGAACAACCUCCUUACCAGUUGCCUUCUUUGUUUUACUGAUCCUUCUCAAAAGAAUACGACUAGUCUAAGUAAACCUGGUGUAGAUGUACAUUUUCCUGAUUUUUCUAAUAUAAGUGCAGUAUGGGAGUUUGUAUCUCGAGGUGAUGGGUUAUUUGAUGUUAGCAGUGCUGUUACGUUUGUACAAGAUAAUAUAGGAACCUUCAUGUCUGUGUUAGAUUCUGUAUGGAUGGUCCUUAAAGGAAAUAUGAAUCUGAUAUCAAGUCUAGUCACUGCUAUUAUAUCUAUGGUAUUAGGAGGAGGAACAGCCAUCUUGAACUUUGUUAUCUCAGCUGUUAUAUUUUUAACUACAUUGUUUUAUCUGUUGGCAUCAAGUGGUAAAACAUAUAAACCAGUAGAAUGGUUUACUAGUAUGAGUCCUAGUCAAGGUGGACAGUCUGGUUUCGGGCAAGCUGUUGAAGAAGCUAUAAGUUCUGUAUUUAUGGCUUCACUCAAGAUGUCAGCUUUCUAUGGGUUGUAUACAUGGUUAACACAUGUUCUCUUUGAUGUGGAUAUUGUCUUUAUACCUUCAGUUUUGGCUGCCAUAUUUGGUGCUGUACCAUUUGUUGGGACAUAUUGGGCUGCAUUUCCUGGUGUGUUAGAAUUAUGGGUAUUAAAAGGACAAGGUGUAAUGGCAAUAGUUCUAUUAGUGUUUCAUAUGUUACCAGCUUACGUUGUUGAUACAGCUAUUUACAGUGAAAUAAAGGGUGGUCAUCCGUUUAUGACAGGUUUAACUAUAGCUGGUGGAAUGUAUUGGUUAGGUUUAGAGGGAGCCUUUAUUGGACCUAUAUUAUUAUGUUGCUUGAUCGUGGUUGUUAAUAUGUAUAGUACCAUGAUAAAACCAGAACCUAUCACACCUUCAGCAGGAUAUCCCAUUCAAACACCAAGAUUACGAAGUUUAAAGAUGCAGGAUUUAAAGCGUUCAGUGAGUACUGAUGGUGUACCUCUGAGAUAGGAAUCAAAUGGUGCUGUUGUUCUGAUGAUUAUAAGCUAUGUGAUUCUAAGUCAUUUACAGGGUAGUUGUUGUUUUAAUCUAGAACUCUUUAAAAGUAUAUAAUACUAAUAUUUACGUAUAAAAUAUUUAUCAAAUUUAUUUGAGAUUAAAAGCUCUACUAGCAAUAAAUAAACGAAAAUCUAUGGGGAUUUGUUCCUAUAAUAAAAGUACAACAUACAUUGGUUGCUAUGUGAACAUGCCAAAUAGACAAGAAGGGUAUAUCAGGUGUUCAUGUGAGUGUAAGAAUACCUGUCUCUAAUUUUCUGAGAACAUACAAUCAUGAUUUGUUUAUCUUUAUGUAUGUUUGUAAUCAUUGUUAUAGCAUCCUUUUUUGUAAGAAUCUGGUUUUUUUAGCAGAUUGUAUUGAUUUUCUGGGUAGAUUUAGUUAAUUUUAGCUGUAAUUUAAAUCUAAGUUUUAAAAAUAUUUUAUAAAUGUGUGAUCUCACAAGCAACCAUACUUGUGCACUUCUAAGACAUUUUAGGCAGGGUUUGAGAGUUAUUGCGGCUAAGAAUCCCCCCUUCCCCAAACUUUCUGGGAAUAAAUAAUAUAUUUUGGUGCAGAAGUGCUGUUAUUGGUCAAUAUUCAUAGAUAAAUGGAUUCCUCUACGGCUAUGGUUUUGGUGCAUAAUUUUCUCAAGAUGUUUUAUUUAGUUUCUGCGUAGUUCAAAAAUACAUAAUUAACACUGCAUAACAUUUACAUAUCACACUAGUUUCUAUUAUUAUAAGUAAUAUUAUUUAGAGGUGCCAUGGUUUAAUAGUUGUAGUUGUUAUUAGAUGUUUUAAAUUAUUAUUGUAUUUAUUAUUUAGCAUUUAUUAUUAUACAUCCAAUUAGAAAUUCUAGUCAUACAGAGCUAGUUGUGUGUAGCUGCCAGAAUAUGUAAACUUGUUAUUCAACAAUAUACAAAAUCUAAAGCUAUUUACAUUUAAUGUUUCACAGAAAUGAUGAUAUUAUUUUGAUCAUGUUCUAUUAAAGACACAUUAAGGAAGAUUAGAUAAAGAGCUGUCAGUUUUCACUAUAAUAUACUAAUGUCCAAAAGAAAGUAUACACACUAAAAAUAUGAAUAAGUUUUGUUUAAAUCAACAAAAUGUGAUAAAACUACACUGAAUAUGUCUCGUGCGUCCAAACUCAAUAUUUCUAAGCAAAUAAAUGGCAAAACAAAUGGCAUUGUACCCAAAUACUGCAUACAAUGGAAAAAUGACUUUGUUUGAAGCAGGACAAAUUGCUCAGUGUAUACUUUCUUUUGGACAUUAGUAUAGUUAAAAACUAGAUAAUGUAAAGGCAAUUUGCCAAAAAUUUGAGUCAAAUUGAUCCACUAUGAACCGAGAAUUAAGCGAUUGAAAUUUCAGCCUAGCUUCGAUCAUCAUUACUAAAGUCGGUACGAUAAAUAACAAUGUCAUGAUUAUCCAUUUCAUGAUUAAAUCAUGAAUGAAAGUUGAGCAGCAAAUGGGAUCAUAAUCCAGUAAAUAUCGCAGGCUAGCGAUGACAUCGAGAGUUGAUUAUGAUCUGAAUAAGUUAAUUAAUGUCUAAUUAAUGACUUAGAUAACAUUUCAGGCCUAAAGAAAACCUGCAAUAGGCAGAUUUAACUCUUGCAUAAUGUAUAUUUAAUGGAUUGUAACAGCUUAUUUUAUAUACUGUAAACAAGUGAUUGAUUUACAAAUAAUUUAAGAAUUAGAGUUUUCAAACAUAUUUGAGUUUGUAAAUGACCAUGUUUGACCCCAUACAUAGACUAGGCAUGUAGUUUAAAAAUAAUUAGUAGUACUAGUGCUCCUUAAGAAAUACACUGAAAAGCAUGCAAUAGACUGUAGUUAAUGUAUGGUGUGACAGUAAAAGAAUCAAAUUGUGUCCUUAUAUGCAUAAUUCUGUAACCAAUAAACUGUGAUUAAUUUAUAGUUCCCAACUUGACAUAUUCAUAUAUAAAUCAUGCUUAAUUGCAAGCUUAAUCUAUACUGUAUAUCCGUCCCUAUUGCUAUUAGUGUUCUUGUAUUUUUACUUAGUUUAUUAUGUAGAGAAAUUGUAGAUAUAGUUUGUGUACCUGGUUGUAAUUUAUCUAUUUUCAUCAUUAUAACACAUACUUAUGGAAGAGCAAUUUACUCAUUUAUUUAGGCGACGUUUCGAAGAGUAUUCUCUCAAUACUUGUAAGCAAAUCAGUAAUUGUUCUUCUGUAAGUAUGUCUUAUAGUGUAUUGAUAAACAUUUGCAUGUGUAUUAAGUUUAAUUUUAAGACAAUUGCAGAAGAUGAGAAAUUAAGAAAAACAGACAGUUUCUGAUUGAAGAAUUUUGUUAGAUAUGAUUUUUAUAAGCCACAUUUUCAUGUGGAUGUAUAUUGUCGUCGCCCCUGUCCGUCCGGACGCCCGACCACAAUUUUUUUGUGGACAUUCUACAGGUCAAUUUUUUAUCUGACUUUGACAAAACUUUAAAUAUAGAUUUAUCUCCCAAAGAUAUCGUUCCCUUUGAUAUUGCCACGUAUCUGACCGUAACUUCUUGGAUUAUGGCUUUGGUUGUACAAAAAUCGGGCUUUUAGCUUGUGAUCCCUCUAGAGGUCACAAUUUUUAUCUGAUUUAAGAAAAUGUGUAUAUAUAUCACUGUUACACCAUAAUGAUGGUUGAGUUCAAAUUGACUGUUCCAUGUACGCAAAUAGUGUAAAAGUAUGUAAUACCAAGGUUGUCAUUUUGAUGAAACUCAAAAUAUAUGUUUACAUGUACAUUCGAACGAUCUUGGCUCCUUUAGAUAUUCAUGCAUGUCGGAUAGUAAUUUCCUGGAUUAUGUUAUGGCCUCUGAUUAUACGAAAAAUCGCAUUAUUAGCUUGUGGACCCUUUAUACACAAAUAGUGUAAAAGUAUGUAAUACCCAGGUUGUGGACCCUCUAGAGGCCACAAUUUUUAUCCGAUUUUGAUGAAACUUAAAAAUAUGUUUAUAUCCCACAGAUCGGGGUUCCUUGUGAUAUUUGCACAUAUCAGACCCUAACUUCCUGGAUUAUGGCCCCUGAUUGUACAAAACAUUUUUUUUUUUUUUUUUAGCUUGUUCUCUGUCCAUCUCUUGUAAAAUGUGGGUGUAUCUUGCAUGGCAACUGCUUGUUGUCUGUGUUUUUACGUUCAGCUAUCAUUUCCUACUGUAAAACCACAUUAUGACAAAUAAAAUUAAUGUUAUUUUUUCUAAGUGCUUUAUAUAUAUAUGUUAUUAUAUUUCAUAUGAAAGUGUUUUGAGUUUUGUAAUUGUAUUUUUAUAUAAUUAUUUAUUCUCUAUGUAUAUGAUCAUCAGCCUUGUUAUUUUUCAAGAAGUAACUAUUUGCCUUUUCUAAGUUUCUUGUCUUAAGAUCUUUUUAAUAUUGGAAAUGAAUAUUUAUACCAGACUGAACCUCACCAGUUGUAUCAGAUUUUGAGAUCUUUAAAACACCACAAAACAUGCACAAGUAGUUCAGAUUUGAUAAUUGUUGUUAGUUUGUAAAUGUUAUUAGUUUUGUUACCUGAGAUUUCUAUAUUUUAUUUAUUUCAUGUGAAGAGUCCCAGUCAUUGCUUUAUUAUCGUUUGUAAUAACUUUAACCACGUGUAUACUCAUGUCAUUUAAUGACAUCAUAAAACUACCGAUACAAUGCAUUAUAAUAUCGGAUUUAAAAUCUUACAAAAUAACUUUAAUUUUCAAAACAUGAGUUGUAAGUUAAUGAAGAGAAUUUUAUGAUAUACAGAAAACAUUUAAUGCCACAUAUCACUAGGCUGUAUUUGUAUUCCUCUUUUUAUUCAGUACAAAGCAGAUUCCAAUAUUUUCUAUACACUCUUCAUUAUUCAUUAGUUGAAUUGAAUCAGUUAUAUGUGGUUUAGGAAAUGGAGAUAUUGUUAUAAUAAAAAGGACAAUAUAACAAUACUACCUUCAUAACAACUUCUUUCUCAUUGUGCCAAUACUUCAGUUAUUCAAAACAUUACUUGUCCGUGAUUUAAAUCUACCUUUCCUUAUUCAACAAUAUAAUAAUUGUUGGAUAUGUAUAAUACAUUAUGAGUUGGUGUUUUGUAAAUCAAGGAAAUACAAUGUAUUUCUACUUCAUAUUAAGAGGAAUUCUGUGCUUUAUGAAUGGUAAUUAUUUUGUAAUAUUUUAAGAAUUGUUUUAUUAGGUACAAUGAUGAUAUAUUGACAAUAGUUUUAUCUUGCCAAUAGAGUUAUUUCUUGGUACAUGAGAUUUUCUGUACAAUGAUUAAGAUAUUGAUGUUAUUUGACUAUACAAGGCCUUUAAUUCUCUAUUUCUAUUAUAUAGUGUUCUAAUCAAAACACAUUAAAAAAAAAUAAAACUAUACUCAACUAUAUAUCAGUUCUUAUUUGUAGGACGUUAAACGGUAAACACUAUUUCAUUUUAUUUCUUAUUUAUCUUUGGUGAUGUUACACAAGUACAAAUUGUUUUGUAUGUGCUGUACAUGUAUGCUACAUAGUAAAAUAAUGGGCAAUAAUUUGAUGAUAGAGUAUAAGCGGUUGAUCAAACUAAUUAGAUGUAUGAAUACUGGAUGCUGUUCGAGAGAAAUGGUGUAGUGUUGACUUUCAUCUUUUCAAUCUGAACACCUACACUCUUGCCGAAAGGGAAAAUACAGCUAUUAUUUAGUUUUUGAGCAUUAGUUUUGUAAAUGAUAUUUUCAAUAUAUGCUAAUGAUUGUUUUGAAACUGGUAUGUUAGUUAAUGUAUUUAUUCAAGUGUUUAUUGUCAGUUAUAACAAUUUGGUAACGACUUUAAAUUAGUUACGUUUCUUUUAGAAUAAACAAUUGCUUCUUUA